AUGAAGAUCACCCUGACUCUCCCUCGUCUGUUAUGUCUUAUUACAUGGCCUAUUGGUCCCAGUGCGAGCAAGGCCUGCCAUCAGUUGCGCGGCGAAGUGGCCUGUGAUGAAACCAGCGAACAGACGAGUUCCAGCAGCAACACUACCGAUCUCGAACCUCGUGUAGAGCCAACUAGCCCGAUAGGAGUGCAAGCAGCGGCCUUGUACGAUCACGAUGCUUCUUGGCUAGGAAAGAGGGCGACAGAGUUGGAUGAUCAGGAAGACGAGUUGCAACAGAUGAUGGAGAGUUUGAACAACGCGACAAAUCAAGCAAUCAGAUACAUGAGGGACCUCGCGGCCUCGGUCGAGUCUAUGUCCACAAAACUGUCGAUGCUAGCGACUGGAGCAAGCACUACAUCGGCCGCAUGGAGCAGCGAAACCACGACAAGCAGCACAAAAGAUCAAGCGUCUUUGACCGAGUCAAGCGCCAGUGCAUCACUUCCGACGCCGACCUCCACGAGACCAACCCAAACAGUGAAAGUUGUACCCGUCACUAUCAGCGGGAUGCCAUCAUCGACCACUGUGACAAGGCUCCUCACAUAUCCCGUGCCAAGCUCUGGUGCGGCCGAGGUGUCCGAAUACACUACCACUACAACUUUAACGAGUACCAGCACCAUCACUGUGACCGUACCGCCAAGCGAGACCUCCAUGACCAUCAAGUCUACGCGACGGUCAAGUCCAACAUCCUACGUACCACCUGCAUCUUCAGCCACUUCUGCGACGAUGUCAUCAGGGCUGUCCCUUCCCACCGCCAUCACUACACCGUCCACAAGUAGCGACACUGAGCUGUACUUCAUUACGGUUAGCGACUCAUCACGGUCGACGAGUACCGUUCACACAACCGUAACCGUCUCCGACGACUGUUGGAACGCAACGACUACAUCGAAGCAAGCUUCAAUAACAGCAACGAAAAGCCAGGCUGGCAACGUCACCGGCUCUGGCUCUGUCCGUCCGAGCACGAUCCCAUCUCACCCACCUCUUCCAGGAACAAACACCAGCACCACCUCUUCCAAUGCCGCCAGCACCGGCCCCUUAACAGUCACAGCGUUCCUAUCUAUCACUAGCUCCAGCUCUAUGCCUAUCGCCAGCUCCGGCUUUAUACCUAUCGCCAGCUCCAGCUCUGUGACCUCCAACACGAACUCGUCCCGGCCAGUCACUUCGGCAGCAGGUACCAGCCCCAGCAGCACCGACUCCAGGUCCACCACGUCAAGGCCCACAUCGCUUACAACGCUCUUGCCCGUCACUUCGGGAGCGUCGUCAGGCAUGCCCAAAAGGAACCACAUCGCACGUCAUCUGGGCGCAUUGCACCACCCGCUGACGUAUAUCACGACCGUUGCGAGCUCGAUACUCCACAGUACGGCGUCGACGAGUGUGCCCAACGAUGCGGAGUCGGCGAGGGAUCGGUAG